CCAAAAACCCCAUCUCCAAUUCUCACACACCCAAAGCUAGCCCUCACUCAAUAAUAAUUUAGCUUUUGGUUUUCAUUGAGUUUUUCAAGACAUCAAACUAAUGGCUUCCAAAGCUAAUACCUCCCUUGUGUUUCUCCUCGCUCUCAAUCUCCUUUUCUUCUCAUUCGUCUCCGCUGACUACGAUAACAAGUGCCCAAUAGACACUCUAAAGCUCGGUGUUUGUGCAAAAUUGCUUGGAGGUGUCGUUGAUGUCGAGAUCGGCAAGACUUCUUGCUGCCCUUUGAUCUCAAAGCUAGUUGAUCUCGAUGCUGCUGUAUGCCUUUGCACUGCUCUUAAAGCCAAUGUAUUGGGAGUGAGACUCAACAUCCCGCUCGACCUCUCUUUGAUUCUCAAACGCUGCAAUUGGCAAAUUGCUAAGGGCUUCAAAUGCUAA